UCUUUGAUAAUUUGGGACUAACUACCAUCUGUGUAUAUGUAUAUGUCCAUAUUGUUUCUGUGUAUUUAUGUUUAUACAAAUAAGAAAACCAGUACUUGAAAUAUUAUUUGCUAGAUUUUUAAAAAGAAGUUCCCCAGAAAAUUUGUGAGGAAUCCUGUGUGGAUGUGAUAUUUGCUUCCAGUUUUAGGGGGUAUAGAUUACGAUGUUUGCAUUAUAUGCAGGUAACGGUUUUCUUGGGGAUAUAAACAAGUGUGGGUAUCCAAUAAAAGUGACAUUAUCAGUUCCAUUUUCUUCUCUGUAACAGGUUAAGUGUGAGUUGCAUUAAAUGAGUAUAUACUGCACACCAUUUCUACAUUGACCAUCGUUAUGAUCAUUUUUGUGUUUUUUGCCAGUUACAGUAAAUCUUAAGUUGAUAACCUUAAAAAAAAACCUUUCUCUCAGGUAAAUAAACGUCUACUGAGGGGGGAAAAAGCGAGUUAUUGAAAAUAUUUAAUAUAUGAAGAGCACAUGGCAAAUUUCCUGAUGAUCAACAUAAUGUUUUAACUCACCUGUAUCAUCUUAUUCAAAAAAUAUAAAUAAAUAACAGCUAAAAGGGAAGGUGCCCUUUCUUCCUGAUUUUUUCUUCUUUAUUAAGCAAACUCGGAUAUAAAGAUAAUCGUGCAUACUUCCCAUAGGAAAAAAGAGCUCAAUUAAAGGAUGAGCCCGAAUUCUUUUAUAAGAAUUUUGUAACCUCCUUGAAGUGAGAAAGCAGAAUUUCCAGGUGUUUUUGGAACAGUACUGUUUGUUGCACUCAGUUUUUUUUUUUUUUACAUGAAACUAUUUGUAAUAUAAAAUCCAUUAUGUGAUAUUUUGGCAUAAAUAAAAGACUAUAUUUGAACAAAGGAUGAAAUCCAUACAGACAUACAUACACACACAUAUAUAUGGCUCACUGUAGAGUACCAUAUAUUUCAAAGGAACACAUAUACCCCCACUAUUUUGAAAAAAAAAAUGCAAAUAAUGAGUUUUGACACAGAUAAUUUUAAAGUGAAAUCUGCCAAGUUUUAACAUUUUACAUCAAUCAAAUACUCCUUUAUUCUUCCCCUCUUGUAUCAAGGUGAUGGUUGAAGUACAUAAAGAAAGGAGAAUUUAGAAACUUUUACUACCUGUUUUGUAGCUGACUAAAGUUCAGUCAUCAACUUCCCCCCAAUAUUUGAUGAAUGCUAUAAUGCAUAUCUCCAAAUCUAAAGAGUUAUUGGGUAAUUCUUGUUAAUGACUAACAGUUAUCAUUAUUUCAUAGGAUAAAAUCAAGUUCACUAGACGAGGUACCAAAACAGUUUUACCCUUUGAGAAAUUUCUUGAAAAGAAGUUGUAAAACCAGGUUGACCUACCUAAGCAUUUCAGUCUUCUAGAAAGCAAAACUAACAUUUGUGAUUUGAUUGAAAAGAGGCUUAAUUAACAGUGAUUCCAAACAGAGCAGUUUUUUUUUUUUACUAACUUUAUAAUUGCAUAUAUUUAAAAUCUUUGCUUUAUGGAUUACAGGUGUUAUUACCAUAUAACUUUUUUUUUGUUUGUGGGAGUUUUAAUUUUUCUUGAUUUGGAUGAGGUAUUUGUCAUAUCACCUCCCUAACAUAAAAAUACUAUAUUAUUUUUUCAACUGUCAGUUGAAGUAGAAAGGGAAAAUAUUGAGAUUAGUUUGGUAAGUAGGCACCAGAAAUGGAUGAUGUUAUAAUAUGCCUUCUGUUAAGAAAGGCAGUUAUAGUUAAAUCUAAGUUGAUAAUCUUAAAAUAAAAACUUCUUCAAGGCAAAUAUACUUCUAAGAAAAAAAGUGAGUUAUUGAAAAUAUUUAAUGUAUGAAAAGUGCAUAGUAAAUUAAUUACUAAACAGACAUUUAAAAGCAAAAAUUUUAACUUAGAACUAUUACAUUUGUCAAACGUCUGAUGGAUAUUGUGUGUUCAUCAGGUAACAACUGCUUUUUUUUACCAAGAAAUUCCCCAAAAGAAAGUAGUUUUAAAUGCCAUUCCUGACUUUGCCUUCCUGCUGUGAUUUUACUUAUUUUGAAGAAGUAAGCACUGUCUCUGUUGCUUAAAUUCUAAAUGAAAUUGAUACAUAUGAACCCAAAUCACCAAAGGGCCACAUUUAAUCAGUCUUAGGCCCAUGUUGUUAAGGCACAUUUCCUCUGAAAGAGAAAAAUGAAAGCAUUUUGUCGAAUUCUAACCUGUUUCCAAUACAUCAUUGAAAAGAUUUGUAUCAUAGACCUGUUGUGGGGUGUUAUGCCUGUUUUUUAGAAUAUACAAAAACUUUAUAUCUUCAUAAGAGUUUUACAGUUAUUUUUAAAAUUAGUUGUUGUUUGUGUAUUAUGACUAUGUGAUCCUGCUACUUUAUAGGUAGAAACUUAAGGCACAAAUAGCCCAAGUAAGGGGUGGUAAUAAGUUUGUUUUAAAUCUUUGGAUUUAAAACUCAGAUUUGUUAGUAUGUUAUAGAGAAUAGUGGAAAUGUUUCCAGGACUUUGUGUCUAGGAAAACAUAAAAGCCAUCAUUUUUUUAAAAUUAGGAUUUCUGGUCAAUAGUAUUUCUAAAUUAUGCAAAAGAUAAGUUAUACAUGGUAUAUGUAAAAACUAAACUGUGAAACUCAGAAAGCUAGAUGAGAGCCCAGAUUCCUGUCAUUGAUUAUGGUUAUCAAAACAUUGGUUUCGCUAUUUUAUUAACUGACUUGAUUUUGUGUGUGUGUGUGUGUGUUUUGUACAGGUUUGUACAAGUAAAUUCAGCAAUUAUUGUGACUUCUCUUCAAAAAACAAUCACUUCUCAACUUUGCUUGCUCUUCUGUAAAAUGGGAAUAAGUUUCUUACAAAAAGAGUCAGAUUUCUUGAUUGUCAAUGUGUGCCGUAUCAUUCAUUCUUUUUACAUAAUAUUUGAAACUCAUCAUCUUUUGGAUUGGUAUUCAGAAGGUAUUCGACACAGGAAAUUUAAAUAUUUGCAAUGAAGUGUUAUUUAUUCCAAACGAAAUAUGUGAGUGGAAAUAAUCUAGAAUUCUGUGCCCAUUUUAAUGUGAGAUAUAAGGGAAAUAAAUGGGCAUACCCUAUAACUGGCCAUUAAAGUAAGUAUUUUUUAGUCCACUUUUUUAAAAAAAGUUGUCUUAAAUUGCUGGCAAUCUUUCUUUAGAUCACAUCAAUGAAAUGGUAUCAUAAAUCAUGUCUUGGAAAAGUUGAAAAUCUAAAAUCUGAAAUUUAUCCAUUUUAUUUAUGCAUGGGGUAGUCAGGGGCUUGCCAUUUCUUUCUUUUACUAUCAUUUCUAAUUUGCUUUUGACCCUGAAGUUUCCUUGGAUGAAAAUACUUGACUCUUAUAAGAUCUAACAAAUCAAAAUCUAAAUAGUUUUUUAAAUCCACUGUGCUUAGGGGACAAAAGGAAAGGUCUUGUCCUAUCAGUGUUCCCAAAAGCAGCCACCUUUUCUUCAGUUGGCUCUCCAGUCCAACGAAUCAGAAUCCAAAUAGUUUUUUGAACCCAUUGUGGUUAGGGAUUAGAAGGAAUGAUCUUGUCCUAUCACUGUUCCGAAAAGCAGCCACCUUUUUUUACAAGUGUAAGCUAUUAAUAUAUAGUAAAUUGGUCCACACUGUUCUGUACCUCCAGCUGAAUGUGAAGACAUCAGUGGAAACUUGAGGAGGUGUCUCUGGCAGGCUCUAUCUAAUGCUGUUCACCUCUCUGAGAUAUGUUAGUGAUGGGUUUGAAUGUGCAUCGUAGAUUUGUCUCCAUUACUAAAUCUUUGAAGAUCUGCAGUCAUGAGAGAAAUACAAUUCACCCUGACCUCUGAUAGGUGCACAUUUCACUGAUAACCUGAGGAAAAUGGAAACCGAUGAGGCUCAGGACAUGUCCCAAGUUUCAGGAAAGGAAAGUCCUUCAGUAAGUGAUGUACCUGAUGAUUCAGAUGAACCUAUGCCUGUACCAGAAGAUCUUUCUACCACUUCAGGAGGACAGCAGAAUUCUAAGAAUGAAAGAGUUUUGGUUACAUAUGGGGCUGAAGGCUUUAGGGAUUUUCACGCAUUAAUUCCAAAAUCUUAUUCUCCCAGUAAUGUUAAAGUAGAGACUCAGAGUGAUGAAGAGAAUGGGCGUGCCUGUGAAAUGAAUGGGGAAGAAUGUGCAGAGGAUUUACGAAUGCUUGAUGCCUCGGGAGAGAAAAUGAAUGGUUCACACAAUGGCCAAGGCAGCAAAGCUUUGUCAGGAGUUGGAGGCAUUCGACUUCCUAACGGAAAGCUAAAAUGUGAUAUCUGUGGGAUCAUUUGCAUCGGUCCCAAUGUGCUCAUGGUUCACAAAAGAAGCCACACUGGAGAACGUCCUUUCCAGUGCAAUCAGUGUGGUGCCUCUUUUACUCAGAAAGGCAACCUCCUCCGUCAUAUCAAGUUGCAUUCUGGUGAGAAGCCCUUCAAGUGUCAUCUCUGUAACUACGCAUGCCGCAGGAGGGAUGCCCUCACAGGUCACCUGAGGACUCAUUCGGUUGGUAAACCUCACAAAUGUGGAUAUUGUGGCCGAAGCUAUAAACAGCGAAGCUCUUUAGAGGAGCAUAAAGAGCGUUGCCACAACUACUUACAAAGCAUGGGCCUCCCAGAUACCCUGUUCCCAGUCAUUAAAGAAGAAACCAACCAUAGUGAAAUGGCCGAAGAUUUGUGCAAGAUCGGAUCCGAGAGAUCCCUCGUGCUGGAUAGACUAGCAAGUAACGUCGCCAAACGUAAGAGCUCUAUGCCUCAGAAAUUUGUGGGUGAUAAAUGCUUGUCAGAUCUCCCAUAUGAUGCCAGCACCAAUUAUGAGAAGGAGAAUGAAAUGAUGCAGACCCAUGUCAUGGAUCAGGCCAUCAACAAUGCCAUUAGCUACCUUGGGGCUGAAUCAUUGCGCCCACUGGUACAGACGCCCCCAGGCUCCGAAGUGGUACCAGUCAUCAGUUCCAUGUAUCAGCUUCACAAGCCUCAUGCCGAUGGCCACCCACGCCCUAAUCACACAGCCCAGGACAGCGCCGUGGAAAAUCUCUUGCUGCUCUCUAAGGCUAAAUCCAUCUCCUCUGAAAGAGAUGCUUCCCCAAGCAACAGUUGCCAAGACUCCACAGACACAGAGAGUAAUAAUGAGGAACGGAGUGGUCUCAUAUACCUGACAAACCAUAUAAACCAACAUGCCAGAAAUGGUUUGUCCAUAAAGGAAGAGCAUCGGCCCUAUGAUGUGCUGAGGGCAGCAACUGACAAUUCCCAAGACGCUUUCAAAGUGAUCAACAACAAUGGGGAGCCAUUGAAGGUUUAUAAAUGUGAACACUGCAGGGUCCUCUUUUUGGACCAUGUGAUGUAUACUAUCCACAUGGGUUGCCAUGGUUUCCGUGAUCCUUUUGAAUGCAACAUGUGUGGCUAUCACAGUCAGGACAGGUAUGAAUUCUCUUCUCAUAUAACACGAGGGGAGCAUCGUUUCCACAUGAGUUAAAACUCCCUUCUCUGCUAAUGUAACCUUGAGUGGUUUAUGCCUAGAGUUGCACGAACAUCCACACAUAAAAAAACAAAACAAACUAACAAAAAAGGCAUCAGAAAAAAAGGAAGCUGAUGCCCAUUUGUUUUUUUUUUUCCUGCAGCAUGUAUUGGAUGGUUGUACAAUUGCAACUCGUUUUUUUUUUUUUUGUUUUGUUUUGUUUUGUUUUGUUUUGUUUUUUAAGAGAGAUAUGAGAUUUUUACUGUUAGUUGCAGAGUUCAAUUUUAGAGGAUAAAAAUUAUUAGUUAAUGUAACUAGGAGCUUUGUAGACUGCUAGAUCAGACUCCCUUCCUUCAUCUUUUGCUUCUUGCAAGUAUCCUUUCCCCCAAAAGCUAAUUUCAUAGAGAACCAAUACAAAAGCUGGCCAAGAGUUGGGGGAAAAGAUCCAACCUUUCUACUUACAACCCUUCUAAGACUCAGAUUCUCAUGUCAGGUGGGUUCUGUGACUUUCCAUGAAUAGUCUACACGUGAGAAGAGAUUUGGCCAUCUUAAAGAAAAUAAGGGUAAAACCAUAUUGAAAAGAUUAGGAUAGAAUCAAAGUUACCCUUUCUAAAUCAUCUGGGCAAGGAGGAUUAUGAGGCACUAGAAUUCAUGUUUCUGAGGACUGAUAGGUUUUUCUUCUUACUGUGUGUAUGUGUGGGUGUUUUAAAGAAAACAUUAUUUGGAAUCUUUUUCUGUAUAGGAAAAUAUCCAGUUUGUUUAGAAAAGGUAAUUCCAGGAGAAAAACCUAUGCUGACAAUGAAGAAAUGCUUAAUUAGGAGAAUCUUUUUUAAUGAUCUUUUUUAUUUCAAAGACCUUUUCACAAUGCCUAUAAAUCCUUUAAGGAUAUUGCCGAAACUUAAACCAGUCAUAUGGGGCUAAAUAUUCCUGGUGCACAGACACAUUUAGACAUUCUUCUCCAUUUGUUCACAUAGAAUUUAUUUACAAGCACUAGAGGUAUUAUUUUAAGCUACUGAUUCAGCUAUAUGACCUCCAAUCAUUUUUGUGAUCCUCCCCAAGAGAAAUUCAAUUCCCUCUGAAAUAUUUUACUCUCCCUGACAUUGUAUUGGUAUUUUUAUGAAGAUUGCCCUUUACCACUAUAGAUGGACACCUUCUCUACAACUUAUAGUCUUAAAGAGAUGCCUGGGGCACUGAGAAAUUAAGGUACUUGUUCAAGAUUACCCAGACAUUAUGAAUCAGAUAUGAAACUCAAAACCAUAUCUUCCUGGUUCCAGGGCCAUUUUCUAUCCAUUAUACUACCCUGCCUUUCUAAAUAUUUACCUUCUGAAAGAUCAGAAUUUAAUGCCAAAUCUCUUCAUUAAUUAACUUCUCCUACCAUAAAUAUUUCCUCCUUUAAAAUCUAAUCCAGAUCCUUAAAAAACACACAUGCAUAUGAAUCCUCCCACUCCAUCCCUCUUUCUCUUUAAAAUCUUGUAACUAGAAGAUCCAUUGCACUAGAAUAUGGUCCUAGAAGUUUGUCCAUGAGUAAAUGUGCUUUAUUAUUCUUUUGCACCAUUUCAAAUAUCAGAAAUUACUAGAAAAUAAUAAUGCUAUCUAUGUCAAAUGGCUGAAGUGGGAAUAUAUGUUCUUAAUAUCAUGUAAGGGGCAUACAAGAUAAGUGUUAACAAAGAUGACACAUUAUCACCAUCUAAUGAAUACAUCCCAGAAGCCAUAGUAGUGAGAUAGUCUGUGAAAUAUUUAUUUUGUAUAGGUAAGAAGUAAAGGCUUUCUUUACAACUGUCAGGUGUAUACACUAUUUUCAUGUGCAUUUGUAUCAUUGUUUUAUUAAAAAUGUUUUAUUUUUAAGUAUGCAUUUGAAGAAAGAAAGAACAACUCUCCACUACUACUGAGGCACAGAAGGGCAAAAAAAUUAAAGUGUGUAUAUCUCUGUUCCACAUUAAUAGAGUUUUUGGCUAUUUCUUAAAUUGUCAGAGGAGGAUGCGAAAGAAUCAUCACUAUUGUUUUCUCCAAGAUUUAGAAAGUUUUGAAUUCCCCUACUCCACCUCAAUAUUCAGCUUUUGUCAGAUAGCAACAAUAAGCCAUGUUCUCAUAGUAUGGUAUGAUUGGUCUAUUCUGGGAUGAGCUGGGUUUGUAGUGAUUCUUUAAAUAUGUGAUUUCUUUACCAUUCCUAAAGCUAUUCCAAUUCAUGGGCAAUUGGGGUUUCCUGAUAUAGCCAUUAAAUAAUAUGGGCAGAGGCAUUUCUUUGGCCCCCAAUUUUCAUACUUUCCAGGAUAUGAUUAAUCUUUAAAAACUGGAAAUAAAUAAAAUGGACAUUUGAAAUGUGUUGUCUUUUUACUUCAAAGUAGAGAAAAGAAGAAACAAAACCUUUCCUACCUUGGUAUUUUGCCUAUUUCCUUUUUUUUUUUUAAUCCAUUUGACAAAUGGAAGAUCAUUAGAAUUCUAUAUAGAAGUUAAAAAAAAGAAAAGAGACCUUAUUGAAAGUAAGUGCUUACAGAGUGGUACCCUGCUGAGAACACAAGUUCAGGGCAGUGUACUUUCAUGUGCUCGAUCCUUUUUCAUCCCACCUAUAAGAAGAGUGAGGUCUGGUUUAUGCAAUUUCUUUUAACCAAUGACAUUCCAAACAACUGUACCCAGCACUGUAUAUAGCAGUUCUUAAAAGAGUGUUUUUUUCUGAAACUCUUAUCCUGCUUCCCUCCUGCCUUUUAUAGCCAGUAUAAACUUAUAUUUACAUGUCCUUUUGCUGUGGUUUUAUAUUGUAACACCAUUCUUCCCCUUUCAACUAUUGUAGAUUUCAUAAAAUGUCAAUGUGUAAUUAAAUUAUGUUUGAUAUGUGCCCACAUUCUGUAUCAGAAAUUUUCUUCUCAUUGGUAAAAGUAGAAUUCUGCAUGGCUUUACACUUUUUCUGCUCUGUGCCUUGUUUUGUUUUAUGUGAUGAUAUGCCUGUGUAGUCUUUGGGGUACACCCAUGCAAGAGAAGUAUACCUAGCUGUAUUCCCAUUUGGGAGUGAGGAAGUUCCAAAUAUUCUCACAUUACAUUUAAUAUAUAUAUAUAUAUAUAGGCAUUAAGAGGAUUAAGAAUAAUUUGUUGACCUGUUUUUCACAAAUCAAAAUUGCCAUUUCACAUAUCCAUUCCAUUCUAUAACUUACGCCCUUAAAAAUCAGGACCUUUAUUUGUCUCUUACACUGUAUUUUUUCUUUUUUUAAUUGGCAUGAAUAGCAUUUAAAAGAGUAUAUCUGCCCUACUCUUUUAGGAGAAUUUAAGAUGAUUAGAAACACAAAUUGUUUUCAGUUAUUUUCUUUAUCUUUUACUAUCAUUGGAUUUCUAUUCAGAUUCUUCUGAUAUCCAGGACACAAUGCAAAUAAAUGCUAGUUUUCUCUUUAUUAAAAGCCAGAACAAUUAUAAACUAGAAUCUGAAACUUGGCAAAAAAGCUGAAUUGUUUUUUUGUUUUGUUUUGUUUUGUUUUGUUUUGUUUUUGUGUAGGGUUUUUUGUAACAUUUCUGAUUUGCGUUGGUUUGAUUUGUUUCUGUUACAACUGUCUAAAAUAAAAAGAAAGUGAUGAAACAGACAUCAACAAACAAAGAGGCAACACAGCUUAUAAUUCUUCAUUCAUCAGUUUCAGCAAUAAAAAAGGGUCAACAGCUCAAAAUAAUCCUAAAUUUUCUUACUUGAUGUAAAGUGUGAUGUUUUGUUCAUGUUUUGUUCAUUUUUAAAUUUUUUUUUACUUAUUAUGAGCCAAAAUUAGAUGUAUUUAAAAUGUAUAGGUAUCAAUAAAAGAAAGUACACAUGCCGUUUAUG